UUUUCAGAGGGACCUUUGUUCUCAGAUGAUCCAUUAUUUGUGGUAUCACUGCAGAAUUUGGGACAAAUUUCAACUUAUAUCAUAGAACUCCUUAGUGUACUUUAUUAAUUCAAUCCCCUCGCUCCUUCCCUUAUGCCUCCAAAGACAUUCUUCUUCCUCUCACUGCCAGAGUGAUUUCAGAAGAUUCUGUAGCAGGUUCUCGGAAGCCUAUUGUGCAGUAACAAAGAAUUCCAGCAGUGAGCUGUGAGUUCUGUCCUUGCUGGCUUUCCCAAGUGGAAGGCUACCCUCAUCUUUCACUAAUGGCAGACUAGGACAAGCAUUAACCAGGCCUGCAAGCUUGUUAAGCACUAGGAACCCAAGCAAGAACUCACCAUGCCGAUCAAACCUGUUGGGUGGAUAUGUGGGCAGUCGAGGGGAUCCAGAAAGCAAUCAUGGACCUUGUAGAUGAGUUUAAAGAUGAAUUUCCCACCAUCCUAAGAUUAUCACAGUCUAAUCAGAAAAGAGAACCUGCGCAGAAAACAUCCAAAAUCAGGAUGGCUAUUGCUUUAGCUAAGAUUAAUCGAACAACAUUAAUUCGUGGAUUAAACAGCAUAUCCAGAUCCUCCAAAUCAGUGGCCAAACUUCUGCAUCCUCAGCUUGCAUGCAGACUUUUAGAGCUAAGGGACAUAUCUGGUCGUCUGCUGAGGGAAGUUAAUGUGCCAAGGCAACCCCUAUAUAACACGCAGGUCAGAAAGGGUUCUUUGUUUGAAAUCAUCUCCUUUCCAGCAAAGACUGCUUUAACUAGCAUAAUAUAUGCUUCAUAUGCAGCACUAAUUUAUUUGGCGGUCUGUGCUAAUGCUGUGCUGGAGAAGAUAAAGAACAUCUUCCAGGAAGAAGAAUCCAUAAGGCAAAACAGAGAGGAGAGGGAAAAUUGUAGAAAAGCCUUUUCUGAGCCUGUGCUUUCAGAGCCUAUGUUUGCUGAAGGUGAAAUCAAAGCAAAACCUUACAGGUCACUGCCGGAGAAGCCAGACAUUUCAGAUUACCCCAAGCUUCUUGCUAAUAAGCAGAGUAAUAAGAUCCAAGUUUUACAUUCUGUGUUUGACCAAUCAGCUGAAAUGAAUGAGCAAAUCUGAAUACAGAUAUCACUGAACAGAACCUAAGAGUUAUCUAUUUAAUGGCACAUUUCAUCUGACAAAACUCAAGAGUCUAGUUUACAUAUUCUGAAUUGCUCUGCUUUCUUAAAAAAAAGAGAAGGGGGCUACUAUUAAAAUGUCAUUUUCUAGUAUUUACAUGAUAGAGUAAAUAAAAUGAAUAUUGAUGUGGAAUAUAGGUACUGACUAUAUACUUUUAAUGAACAAGAAAAUCCAUCCUUUGGUGGGUGAGACUUUACACUGUGGUUUAUAAUAUAAGCAUAUUUAUAAUACAUUAAUAUUUUUAUUAAAGACUUGUUUUGAGAGUCUAAUUCUUUACUUUGGAGGAAAAAAAAGCCCUAUCAAGAUGCUGCAUAUCAAAUUAAAAGGAUAAUUAUUUUUUAUAUGCAGACUGGAGAGUUUGAGUCUGCCUAUUAUUAUUUUGUAAAUCACUUGUAAAGUUAUGAAGGAUUUGCAAUUCACAGAUGUCAUAAAUUUAUAAAACAAAAUAUUUACAAAUGUGAUGAGAAGAUUUCUGUACAUGAAGACAGUACAUGAUAUGAUAUUUUUUAUUUCUACAAUUAGAGAUAUAAAUUUAGAAUGAAAAAUCAAGUGCACACUACUCAUUAUUCCCAGUGGCUCUUACGAGAAAAUAUUUCUGUAAUUAUUCCUGCAAACCAGGGCUACAGAUUUUGCCUGAAUAAAGUACUUUGAUUUUCUUCUAUA